AGCAAAAUGCAUGCGCAUCACAACACAAAUUAUGUGAACUAAACUAAACAAUGUUGCUAUAUUGCAUUUGCUGCCGCCAUAAUGAAAAUGAGUUUCAGACUAUGAGGUUAAGAUUAGGUGGCAAUACUUACGUAGCAGGUAAAGAUGACAACCUGUUUGGACAACUUGUACUACGGAUGGGUCGUGGUUCUUGCAGCUGCAGUAAUCAGGAUCCUAGUCUAUGGAAUCUCCUACACUUCUGGUGUGGUCUACGUUGUCAUCCUUGAGAAUUUUAAGACUGGGGCAGCAGAGACAUCAUGGAUUUCGUCACUGAUUACUGCAAUGACCUUUCUUAUUACGCCACUAGCGGGAGUGUUGGUCAAUAAAUUCGGAUGGCGAGUGGUGACUUUUUGUGGGGGACUUCUGACCUGUGGAGGCCUCCUUCUGAGUACUCUAUCGACCAACCUCGUCCUGCUCUGUUUGUUUUACGGAGUAAUCACAGGUUCAGGUUGUGGAAUUGCCUAUAUGAGUGGGAGUCUUGCUGUGCCAAAGUAUUUCCAGCAUAGAAAGAUACAGAACCUUGCCGUCGGUGUGGCGUCGGCCGGUGGCGGAGUCGGCGCCUUUAUUUUCCCGCCAGUUGUUCGACAUCUGGAGAACGAAUAUGGCUGGAAGGGGAUGUUUAUGAUGAUGGGAGGAAUUGCUCUUCACAUGUGUGUUUUUGGACUUCUCUAUCGUCCUCUUCCAAAUACAGAUGAAAAUGAAAAUCCUACUAAAAAGAAGGGGCGACGUGCAUCAUCACAUGUACCUGAACCAAAUGACUGGACGUUUCUCAAGAGUUUAGUUUUCCACUUCGUUUCAACAAAUAAUUUUCUCUUUGCCUUUGGUUCUUCAAUAAUAUAUGGACAUCUUGCAGCAUACGCACAGUUUCAUUUGCAUAUUAACGAUAAUGAUGCUGCAAUCUUGUAUUCAAUCAUUGGAAUCUCUAUCACCAUUGCCAAAAUAUCACAGGGACUCAUUGCAGACUUCCACAAGGUCCAUCCUAUCUUCAAGGCUAUAAAUCAGUACAUUUUCUUUUAUUUAAUUGGUGGUCUGUCAACUUUAUUCUUGCUGGUGGACACUGGCUAUGGCGGACUAGUAGUUUACUGUAUUUUGUUUGGGGCGAGCAUGGCCGCCAAUGGAGGAUCCUUAAUUCCGGCAAUUCUGAUGGAAAUGUUUGGGCAAAAUAAACUUUCCCUUCCAUAUGCAGUAGUUUUAGCUAAAAUGUCUAUAGGCCAAAUUCUCGGAGCUCCUGUGGCAGGUUGGAUGUACGAGAACACCAAAAAUUACCACUAUCCAUUUCUCUUAGCAUCGGUAUCUAUGACAGCCAGUGCAAUCAUCAUGGUCUAUCCACGCCGAUAUUUGAUGAGGCCACGUGAAGACAGAAGCACAAUCGUGGUGGACAUUGAAAGUCCAACAGCCCAGGAAUUUGAUCGGUUUUUGAGUGAAAAUGACUCAAAAGAAUCGACAAGUUUCAUUGAAACUCGUGAUCAAAUCACAGAAGAAAGUCCACUGAAAAGUAUACCAAGAGACGAUAAAGAAGAUCAGCUGGUUCAGGACAAGAUAGUGUGUGAGAGGACAAGCCUCAUUAUGACGCAGUCAUAGGAAGUGACGUGUUGACAAAAAUCAAGUGGUCUCAAGGAAAAGAUCUUUGUAAGAACGGUCUUUAAUUUUGAAUAUAAAAUAAUAUGUUAUGUAAAGGUGAGUGUUCUUGUAUAUUUUGAUUACAUGAACUCUCAGCUGGUAUUUUGAUUCAGCUUUAAAGAGUGUUAUAGUUUUAAGUUUGUUUGCCGUUUAUAUAAAUUCUUUGAAUUGAACAAAAUGUUUUUUAAAUGUUAAUGCAAUGAAUCUCAAUGCAACUUUUAUUGAAAUACUCAUUAUUUUUGUUUAUCUCAUUACUCUUUUUCAUAGAGUAUUACUAAAGUU